UGAUUCAUUCAUAAAUGUUUUUACAAACUGUGUAAUAUUAUUAUGCUCGAUAUUAUUAUGCAAUCAACUGCAUCAAGAUUGUUAUGAGCUUUGCAGUGAAUUUUAUUUUCUCGUCUCUGAUUAAAUCUGAUGCUUAUUUUUCGUACAAUAUCGAAUUGAAUUUCAUUUAAGUUAAUAAAAAUAAAUCCCAAAGUGCCAUCGUACAAAAUGCAGCGAAGCUUCCUACAUGCAAUCAUAAUUCUUGUCAUACUUGCACCAACCACAUUCUCUCAGGACAUUUUUGAUUUAACAACUCGUCUUGACGAUCCACGUGUUAGAUUCCUUUUCCAUGGCUUCCGGAAUUUCGUGUUUAAUUUCAUUGGAAAAACGGGGCAAAGCACAAAAGGAAAAUUCUUGCAGAAGAAAUUCCCAGAUGACGCGCCAUUUCCUUGUGACAUAAGCGUAGGAAAAAGCAAAAACCGACCACACAGCAUUCAUAAAUUACGACCGGGAGAUAUUUCAGUAAUUGGAGCAUUAGGCGAUUCACUAACCUGCUCAACGGGAGCUAUGGCUACGAAUCUAAUGGAGUUGUCUAUGGAAAAUCGUGGCGUUGCAUGGUCGAUUGGGGGUCAAUGGAACUGGAAGAAUGCAACAACAUUACCCAAUAUUUUGAAGGUUUUUAAUCCAUCGCUGCUCGGUUACUCUCUUGGAGAUUCGUUUCCAUUUCACAAAGAAUCACAAUUUAAUUUAGCUGAAAUUGGUGCAGUUUCAAGCGAUAUGCCAUACAUGGCCAAAGCACUCGUACAUCGAAUUAAAAAAGACAAAAGAGUUAAUUUUAAAUACGACUGGAAGAUGGUAACGAUUGCAAUCGGAGGAAAUGAUAUUUGCUCGUUUAUUUGUCUCAUGGAAAAUCCCGAAUCGUUACCAGAGAAACAUCGAAUAGCAUUAACAAAAACGCUCAGAUAUUUAAAAAGAUAUUUGCCUAGAACGUUUGUGAAUGUUGUUAGUGUUCCUUUUGUUGAAACGGUGAUGCUUCUGAAAGGAAAACCUCGUAACUGCAAGUUUAUUCAUCGUGGCGAAUGCAGUUGUUGGGUUGGAACAGUAUCGAAUGCAACGAAAGAAUCGAGAGAGAGAUGGCAAAAAAUUCAACGACAUUUUAUCAGAGUUGAAGAAGAAGUUGCAAAGCUUGAAGAGUUUCGUGGUCUCGAUGAGUUCGCUGUUAUGUAUCAGCCCUGGUCGAAUAACGUUUCUCUUAAUGUUGAUGGGAAAAGAGAUUUGACAUUGCUUUCAAUUGAUUGUUUUCACCUUUCGCAAAAGGGCAAUGCAUGGGCUGCAACAGCUUUGUGGAAUAAUUUACUCGAGCCGCCUAAUCAGAAAUCUUUUAACUGGGUAAAUCCUUUGCGGAAAUUUAAUUGCCCAACUCGUCAACAUCCUUUCAUCAUGACUUACGACAACAGCUAGAUCUGUCUCUAUGAUUAGAAAUAUUUUGUUCAAUAACAGGAUAAUUAUACUUAAGUGAAAGCAAGAAAAACAGUUUGGCCAUUGAAAGUAUUUAACAAGAAAAAAAAAACAUGUUUACUGACCUUAACUUAUAUUUAUGUAUAGCAAUCUACUUAAAAUCAUUGACUUUGGAUUUAAUCUUCUUACCAUUUAAUCUUCUUUCACAUUUAUACACAAUUGAUUUGAAAAUAUAUACAGAAGAAGAAUGCAAAGCUUUUUUUCAUGAAUUUCUUCCUUAUGAAAAUUAAAAUAUGAGUGAAUAAUUUAUAAUUAAAUCUCCGGUAUGAAAAAUCAAAAUUGAAAAUUUCAUGAGAUGCUUGUUUGAUGAAUUCCA